UGUGCCCCCCUGACGGUGGCAGGCUCGGCCCCGGCUGUAUGUCUGAUCCCCCUGCUCUUCCCUAUAGCACCUCCCUGGUAUUGGACUGCCCCAUGCAGCCAGCCAUGUGACAGAGCCAGCAGAGGAGGAGAAGCAGAGACGUGUGGGAGGAAGGAUCUCUACAGAGAUGUGAGGAAACCGUCCUCCAUACUCAGCAGGAGAGCAGCAUGCCAGGAUCGGACUGAUCGCCCACGGCCUGCCGCUCUGCACAUCACACCAUGCAUCCCCAGAGCCAUCGCUCCUGUCCCUGUGUGCUGCUGGCAGUUCUCCUCGGCCUCGUGGUGGAUGUGACCCGUGGAUCAUGGAGUAUACAGCCCAUCCCCCAGUACCCGGCUAUCCGUGGAUCUGUCACCCUCAGUCCUACUGGUAUUAACGAGAAAGUUACAAGUGUCGUCUGGUUUAAAGGGACGGACACAAACCCGCCAAGUCAGAUCCUGACAUAUAUAGCGGCUGGUUCCUAUACAAUCUCUGGCGCUCUACACAGUCCCAGGUUCUCGGCUUUCAGUAAUGGAUCAUUACACAUCACAGAUCUUCUCCUCACAGACCAGGGGGAAUAUACAGUGAAAGUACAGGCAGAGAAAACAUCAAUGGACCUACGUGUGACCCUGACCGUCCACGAGCCGGUCACUAAACCUAAAAUCACCGCGUCCACCCCCCAACCCAAGGAAAAUGAGCCGCUCACCCUGACCUGUGUCACCUCACAUGCUGUGACCAUCACAUGGACCAGGCGUGGUACCAGCAUCUCCUCUGGAGCCAAACUGUCAGGAGAUAACAAGACGCUCACCUUCUCCAGCAUUACACGAGGAGACUCGGGAGAAUACCAGUGUGGAGCUCAGAACCUCGUCAGUAAGGACGUCAGUGACCCCCACGCGGUCUCCGUGCUCUAUGGCCCCAGUGAGGCUCGGAUAGAAGGCGAAGUAUUCGUAAGGCCCGGUUCUUCCAUCACAUUAACGUGUUCUGCUGAUUCUUAUCCACCUCCGGAAUUCCAAUGGAAAGUCAAUGACACGGACACAGGGGCAAAGACCAGCAAAUAUGGAGUUAGUAACGCGGAGACUCAGGACCAAGGGCUGUACACGUGUGUGGUGAGGAACCCCGCGACCCUCCGCAUGGCUACCACCGCUGUGUACGUCAAUGUGACUGCAGAAUUUGUACCACCUGGUGCGGAUUUACCGAUGAUCAUCGGCGUUGCAGUGGCCACCGUGCUACUUCUGAUUCUUAUUGCAGCGGUGACUUAUCUCUUCAUCAUACACAAACGGCGCAAAAGCUCAAGUGACACGAGUUCAAUGAUGAAAGGCUCCUCCCGGAACGGUCAGGCUGACAAUGCAACACAAGCCAUGGAAGAGCAUGAGCUCCAGUACGCCGCCAUUCAGUUCUCCAACAGCACACCAAGAAAGACUCAGAAGCCGGAGACAAUUUAUGAAAACCGGAGACCCCAGCCGCCGGCGCCACCCUCGGACAAUGUCGUGUACUCUGACCUGAAGUUACGCUGAGGCGUGCACCAGGAUCAUCCGUCCUCUGCUCAGGAUGUGAGCUCUGCCCCAACGCCUGCGCUGACCUCGGCACUGACACAAUGUGAACGCCCCAGUGUAGCUUUAGUCUGUACUUUCUGCCUGUCUGGUGCUGCCCCCUGGUGUCUAGCUGGAGAAUGGCAGCUACGUUCCUAAUCCGUUUAAAGGAACUUUCUGACUUUACUGAUGUUUUAUUGACCUCUCAGUCUGGAACUUACCUCCUAUGUCUCUUACUGCUCUAGUGGAGGUAGGUACAAGCUGCCUGCAAUGAACCAAGAGGAACUGGCCCUAAACGGAACGCAGCAGAAACUCAUCCCAACUGUGAAUUUUAUUUUUUUACCUUAAAGUGUUUGUACUGUGCUCGUCCAUGACUGCAGGAUAUUUGAUAUGUGCGGCAUCUAGAAGGAUCCAUGUAAUAUAUCUGUCAUCUAGAACAUUCCAUAGAUAUACAGUACUCUGCUCGUCCAUGACUGCAGGAUAUGUAUUUAUAUUCCUCAUCUAGAACGGAUCUAGAUAUUUCCAUGUUUACCACACCCAGCAGUCAUGUCCAUUGGCCCAGCUAUAGGGCCCGAGGCUCUUCUGCUACAUAAGAAGACACCAGUGCUAUAAAUUGCACAUGGAGGGGCCCGGGAGCUCCAGGUAACUUCUCCUAAUUUGACUUUAAUGCUUUUUCUGUAGAUUAUUUAUAUUAUAUUAUUAAAUUUCACCAGGCCGCCCUCCACUA